GCGACAAUCUUGACGGUGAACAUGGUGGUGGGAGCAGGAGUCGUCGGCUUGCCGUACGCGUUCUACCAUGCCGGCGCCGUUAUAUCGUUGAUCAGCAUGUUCAUAGCGACGGUGAUGUCGGCGAUGACCAUGGGAUACCUUGUGGAGGGAGGGAGCAGAGGAAGGGAUGACGCGAUUGCUGAGCUUCCAUCGGACGUGACGGAGUUAGAUGCUGGGCCCUCCAGCUCCAAGCAUGAAGCUCGUCCUGCCGUCGACAGAGAGGUCGCCAUGUAUGAGAUGAGCGAGCUCUGCGGCAUCUUUCUCGGGGGCUACGGGAGGAAGCUCUUCGAGCUCUGCCUCCUCUUGUACACCAUCGGCUCCCUCUGGCUGUACGCCACCGUCUUCGGCUCCAGCCUCUCCCUCGUCGUUCCUCUCCCUCUCGGCGAUCGCCCGACCAGCAUAGCUUGGUGCCUUGUGUUCCUUUGCUUCUUCGCCCUCCUCAUGGUAGCUAUGGCAUGCAUGGACCUUGCAGCGCUCAAGAACGUUCAGUUCCUCCUCAGCAGCUUCGCUCUCUCUGCCCUCCUGGUCAUGGUGGUGACCUGCGUCGUCGCCGUCUACACCGACGGAGGGAACGACGCCGCGUACCAUCGUCUGCCUCCUACGGACAUGUCAGGCUUCGGCAAGCUGAUCACUGCUGCUCUCUUCAGCCAGAUCUGCCACCAGGGGGUCCCGACGCUGAUGAAGACGAUGAGGAGUGGGAAGCAGGCGAAGACAGUAUUCCGCACUGCCCUCUCCUUCACCCUCGUCCUCUACUCCGUCCUCUGCUGCUCCACCAUCUACUACUUCGGCCCUCGCGUCGUUCCCAUCAUCACGCUCAACUGGGAGGACUACACGGGAGGAGCGCAGGCAGGCAUGCCUAUCCGCUGGUGGGCUCCCAUCAUCUCCACUACCGUCCUUCUCUUCCCAGUCGUCAGUGUCAGCGCAGCGUUCCCCCUGAACCUCCUCCCCCUCGCCGAGACCAUCCUUCGUCUCCUUCCCGCUCGAUGGAGCCUCAGGAUAGGAGAGGAGAGGGCGAGAAAGCUGCUCAAAAUUUUCCUCUCCCUCCUCCCCAUCACCCUCGCAGCCUUCGUGAAGGACGUCGCCAAGAUCCUGGAGUUCAACGGCAUGUUCGGUUUUGUAAUCGCCUUCUUCGCUCCCUGCUCGCUCUUCCUCGUGGCUCGC